UUACGUGCUAAUUGGUCUGAUUUCCCAAGUACCGUUGAACGAAAUAGUCAGAAGAAUUGAGCGCGUUUCAAACAGUUACAAUUUGAGAGAUGUUGCGCGUGAUUUACUUGACAAUUUUCCUUUUUAUAAAUGUCGUUAGUUGUCGAUUGGAUGAUGAUAAUAUCACGGAAAUUCAAAAUUCGAUGUCUCGCGGCAGAUUUUUCCCGCUAUUCAGUGUUAUUCGAUUUGCGAAUUCCCAGUGCCUUGCUAGCAACAAUUUAAACGGUACCUGUUUUACUAAAAGAGAAUGUCGUCAUUAUGGUGGGACACCCUCUGGUAGCUGUGCAAAUGGACUUGGUAUUUGCUGUGUUUUUCAGAAAACAUGUAGCUCCACAACAAAUGUAAAUAAUACAUAUUUUACAAAUCCUGAAUAUCCAACAACUUAUGAGGGACAAGGACGAUGUACAAUAACAGUGCAACGUUGUAAUUCAAAUAUAUGCCAAUUACGUUUGGAUUUCUUGGAAUUUACUCUUGCUUCACCAGACGCCAGUGGGACUUGUGAUUUUGAUUCCCUUUCAGUUUCUGGAUCAGGGAAUACGGUACCUCGAAUUUGUGGAGAAAAUGCAAAUCAACAUGUAUAUAUAGAUUUCAAUGGUGAUACACCUAUUAUGCUAUCAAUUGAUACCAAUCCUGAGUAUGCUACGGAUCGUCGUUGGAAUAUAAGAAUUCAACAAUUACCUUGUGAUUCCACGUAUAAAGCACCAAAUGGAUGUUUACAGUAUUAUGACAGUGUCUCGGGUACCGUAACAAGUUUUAAUUAUGGCACAACGCAAAAUCCAAGAGCACCAGUAAUAGGUACACGGCAAAUAGCAAAUACGAAUUAUGGUGUAUGUGUAAGAAUGGCCCAAGGAUAUUGUGGUAUUGAAUGGUCUCAAACAAAUUCAAAUUCAUUUACCGUUUCUGGAGAUACUGGUGCAAUUGAUCCUACCUUAUUAGGUACUGUGGAUGCAGCAGAAGAAGGUACGGCUUGCACAAAAGACUUUGUUAUUAUUCCACAUCCAUUCGAAAAUGGUGCCGCAGUUGAUACAGAACGAUUUUGUGGUAAUGGUUUCGUAACAAAAACAUCUUUUUCCAAACCAUUUGUACUAUAUGUUAUCACAGAUGGCGAUGAAAUGGGAGAAAUUGAAAAUAAGGGAUUUUCAUUAACAUAUCGUCAGAUAGCUUGUGCAAUUUAAAUAAAAAAGCAUGUUCUUGUUUCAUAUAGAUAUGAUAUGAACAUUUUACGUAUUAUAGGAUAAUAAUAGGACAUAAUAAUCAAUAUUUAAUAUAUUUAUUAUUUUGUAUAAAAUUAGCAUUUUUUUAAAAAUGAAACAAUCAUUAAUCAUAGUAAAAUUAAUCAUAAUGAAUGUAAAUUUAUAUAAUUAUUAUAUACAUUUAUGUAAUUAUGUAAAUAUUAAUAUUAAUUAUGAAUAAAUUUCAGAUUUUAACGAUUUCAA